AUGACGGCUGCGUCAAAUGUGCAAACCGAGAGGGUUAUACAAGAAGUACGACUUCGACCAUGUCUUUGGAAUCUCCGCGACAAUUCAUAUAAAAAUAAAGACGCGAAAUUAAAGGCAUGGAAAGAUGUUUGCGAAGCUGUUUGUCCGAAUUUCGGAGAUAGUUCAGGUGAAGAAAAAAAACAAAUCGACCUCCCAAAAUGUUGCUUCAACGUCAUCGCAAAACUCGCAAAGUAUUUUACCUAUUACCACGACCCCGGACUUGCCAUCAACAGAAGAAACAUUUCAGACACCUGUGCAGGCUUCUCCAAAACCGUGGCAGAGAAAAAAAAGAGAUGUAUGACAGACUUUGAGUCACAAUUAUUGAAAAUAUUAGAAAAGAAUGACACUUCCACCACAAACUUUGCGUCGUCUACGGCUCUUAAAGACGAUGACUGCAGUUUUUUUAAUUCUCUAGCACCCAUUAUAAACGAUUUCGAUAAUUAUAAAAAAUUGUUAUUCCGAACUAGAAUACUGGAGCUAGCUAUGGAAAUUAGAGGUCCAGCUAUGAACUCGCCCAGCACAUCUGCAUCAACCGCUACCAACGAUUUACCUCACUUAUCAGGGAGUGAUGUGGACGAGUCUUUAGAAAGCUGGCAACACGGUGAUUACACUGCAUUGUAA